GGAAGUCCUAGGGUAUUCAGCCGACACCUCAAGAGCCUAGAGCUGUCAGACCUUGGUUUUGAAUUACUUAUAAAAUUAGCUGGCUGCACAUUGAAUGUGCAGCCAGCUAAUUUACAUAAAAUUUUUUCGCGCCUCAAAGCUCGUCAUGGAUAAAUAGAAUCUACCUAUUCCAGAGGUGCGACAGCACAUUUCCCAUCUCAGAAAUGUAGCUAACUCUGACAUGCAGACAGUUCUGUAUUAAUUAUAGUUGAAGCGUUGAAACAAGAAUUCUCACUCUAUCAUCAUCAGUCAACCAAUCAUCAGUAAUAAUUAAUGAUAUUUAAAUACAAUGUUAAUCAAUCAGUCAGUCAAUCAAUCAAUCAAGCAAUCCUCAAUAAUUUUACCAGGUAACCGCCUGUCCAUUAUAAUGAGUUUUCAUUGAAAAAAUUAUUUUGUUCAUUUACAGGCUCACAUAUUUCAUUGUAUCCAAGCUUGAAUUUUGUUGUUUACGUGCCUUCUCAGAGACAAACACCUCUUUAUAUGAGAAUCAAGGAUGGUGAGAGAUUAAUAUACAUAGCUGUUAAAUAGUUAAAAACAAAACAUAAAACUUAAGAUCAGUUUAUUCAACUUUUUGUUUGAAUUAUUACAAAAGUGUCUUAUUUUUAGUCUUAUACACAGCCCUGCUGUUGACAUCAGAGAACAUCCCCUAGUGGUUUCAAAAUCCAACUAAAGCAGUCUUCUGUUCAGCUCAGCAGCUGUAGCAGGCCUUUCUCAUACGUUUAACCUUAAACCUUUAUUCAUACCAGUCCUUUAGUUACAGAAUCUCACCUACGUCUGCUGCAGCUUCCUGCCUGAGGGUUCCUAGAAGAUGAACGUACAUGGGACCCUUAUCAAUGCCAUGCCUUUCGAUUCCCUGACACUUCUUAGUCUUUCUGAGCCAGUUUUUCUUUCACCCCACUUUAAGCUCCGAUCUCUUUUCUUUUUAUAUCUGUCAAGGGCAGCAAAGCAGUAGCAAUGCAUUCUUGAGUCCACAAUGGGGUGGAAUCAUGAUUUGCAAUCUUCAACAGACUGCACUAACGAACAGUACCAGACCACAGUGGAUAGAGGUUGAUAUGAAUCCCGUUAUGAACACAUUCCUGGCUCAACUGAAGUUGUUACUGGGAGUUAUGCCUGUGGUAAGAAUUCAACUUUUUUCCAUUCUCACUGACUUUUAUACUUUUUCACAGCUUACACCCCCAAAACUAGUCUCCCACAUGGCCAUUUUUGUCUGCUCACGGAUUGUCCUUCAUGAUGAUUGUCUUGUCUUGUUCCUUUGUUCCCUAAACCUUAAUUCCCUUGUUCCUUAUUCCUUUGUUAUCUUGUUCCUUUGUUUCCUUCUUCCCUUGUUUCUUUGUUGUUUUGUUCUCUUGUUCCUCUCGUUCCCCUUUCUCUCUUGUUUCCCUGUUCCCUUGAUACCCCUGUUCCCCUGCUGCUUUGUCCCCCCUCUUCCCCUGUUUCCUUGCUCCCCCUGCACCCCUUGUUCCCUUGUUCCCUCUGCUCCCCUUGUCCCCCCUGUUCCCCGGUUUCCCUUGUUUUCCUUUUCCCCCUGUUCCCAUUGUUUUCCCUUUUCCCUUUUCCCUUUAUUCCCCUGUUCCUUUUGUUCCCCCUGUUCCUCUUGUUCCCCUUGUUCACCUGUUCCUCUGUUUCCCUUGUUUUCCUUCCCCCCUGUUUCCCUUUUUCCCCAUGUUCCUCCUGUUACCCCUGUUCCCCUUGUUCCCCUGUUUCCCCGUUCCUCUGUUUUCCUUGUUCCUCUGUUCCUCUGGUUUCCCUUGUUUUCGUUUUACCCCUGUUCCCCUGUUUUCCUUAUCAUGUCUUGUCUUUUCUUGCAAUGUCUUGUCUUGUGUUGUCUUGUGUUGUAAUGUUAUUUCUUGUCGUCUUCUCUGGUCUUGUAAUAUCUUGACUUGUCUUUUCUUGUUAUGUCUUGUAAUAACUUGUCAUGUCUCGUCUUGUAAUGUCUUCUCAUGUCUUGUAAUAUCUUAUUUAUCUUGUCUUGUAAUGUCUUGUCUCAUCUUGUAUUUCUUUUCUUGUCUUGUCAUUUCAUGUAAUGUCAAGUGUCUUGUCUUGUAAUGCCUUGCCUUGCCUUGUAAUGUCUUGUCUUGUAAUUUCCUAUCUUGUGUCAUCUCAUCGUGUCUUGUAAUGACUUGUCUUGUCUUGUCUUGUCUUGUAAUGUCAUGACAUAACUUGUCAUGUCUUGUCUUGUUUUGUAAGGUCUUUUCUCCUAGUUCUUGUCUUGUAAUGUUUUUGUCCUGUCUUGUAAUGUCUUGUCUUGGAGCAUUGCGUGAUGAGGCAAAAUCGCCUACAAGAGGAGGUUUCUUAAAAAGCAAUAAGUUUGAUUAUAGUCUUUUUAUAUUAGAGUUUUAGGUCUCCUAUCAGUCUAAAUACACAUGUCUUUGAAACAGAUUAAAAAUGCGACUGAAUAUUCUCUUCGGCUUUCUAGCUUAAGAUAAUCCAACCUAACUGAUUGUCUAAAUGUCAUUUUGAUUCAUGCCCGUAAUAGGUUAUUCAUUUCUAAAAACGAUUUAUGCUGCCUCUUUUUCCAAUUUCGUUUUGCUCCAAAUGAAUACAAUAAAUUUUAUUUUAACCAUUAUUUCCUUUUUUAAAGAAACUUGUAGAUGGCGUUGAAGUAAGAUUCCCAAAAGAUGUUGGAAUAACACAGUGGGUAAUGACCAUAAAUGUAGUUGUUUCUUUGUCAACCCUUUAAUUCCCAAGAGUGACCACCAUCAAUUUUCUCCUAACAAUCUCCAUUCUUUGUCAAAAAAUAAGGUUAUGAGAAUUAAUAAAAUGAUCAGCAAAGGGAAAAUUCUUUGAAUUUUUGUUAAAUUCUCUCAGUUAAUUUUGUAAGAAAAUGUAUGGAUAUCAGUUUGGAGAAUUUGUAUGUGGACAAUUAAGCGUAGACUGUAAGCAGUCUCUUCUUUGUCGGAUUUAGCAAGGGAAUUGCUCGCGCACGCCAGUGUCGAAGCCACGAGACCGGGGAAACGAGGGUCGCAGCUUCCCCUGUCUUGCGCCUUCCGUCUCGCGCAUGGUCAUUUUUGUGUCUCACGCAGAUGGACUGAGAAAAAAAUUACUUCUCUUAGUCUAAACUUAGCCUCUAGUUAUGGUUAAGGCUUUACUGUACUCACAGGAACAGGAGUCGGUGAUGAGACAGAAAACAAUGGAAUAUCUUGCCACCUCCACCAUCACGCUAACAUCCCUCGCCCAGCUGUUGGGAAAAAUCAGUAACAUGGUGAUUAAUGAUCACAUUCAACAGCAAGUUCAACAGGCGCUUCAUGCAGUCCAUCAGGUGUGACUUAUAUCCUAUCAUAUUCACCUGAAUGUUUUGGAUCAUUAUACGUUUCUGGGAAUUUGCCCACCCACCCCUUCCCUGAGUCAACAUUUUGCCCUAAGCGAGAAGUAAGUGUUAAUGUUGGCUUACAGGUAAGUUGGCAAUUUCCCAGAAACGUAUAAUGAUUUUACUGUAGAAUUUUAUAACGCAAAGGUUUUAUGUACCCUCGUAUCGGAAAAUUUGGUGAAACUUCUCCUUUGGGAUACCCCUAUUCAGAGGACACUUUAAUUCAAGGGACCAAAAUUUUGUUCACGAAUAAAGGGAAAUUAAUUCUAUUUGUAUUAGUGAGUACUGUUGAAGGGAUUCCUCGAUUUAGGGGAGACAUGUGCUGAUCCUGAGUUAGUCCCCUGAACGAAGGCUCGUCUGUGUAAUCUUUGUAUCAGCCACCUCUAUUGAAUGGACACCCCUACUAGGGGAACACUUUUUCUGGUCUCUAGUAUAUCCCCUAAAUAGAGGCUCCUCUCAUGGGGAAAAUCCAAGCGCGCAAGUCAAAUUUUUCAAAACUCUUUGCAAAAGGUUUUCUUUAACUGGCUACGAAAACGUAACUUUGUAGUCUUCUUUUUUGUUCUUAUUUACUUUUUCCGCCACUUGAUUCAUUGCAUCCUCCAAAUCUCUUGCUCCCUGCCAAGAAAAGAAACCCUCGCCUGCUUGCGAGGGAGAUUGGGGUUUUAUACUCAGUCCUAAUGAGUGUGAACAUUUAUCUUCACCUUUUGUGGUAGGUUUUUGGUUGUUGAGGACGGAUGCAAUCAGCAAAUGACUGAAAAGACAUUGAACAAUACCCACAUCACACCAUGCACAGCAGCUAAAGGUGAUGUUACACGGGACGAUUCGACGGAACGAUUUUUAGCGCAACACAUCGUUGCAAUGUUGGAACAAUGUUGUAAGCAUUCGAAACAAUGUCGCAACAAUAUUGCAAAGCUGUGUUGCGCUAAAAAUGGUCGUUGCGAAUCGUCUAGUGUAACAUCACCUUAACUUUCAAGAGUUUCCGCUACACCAAGAAACACCCGGGGAGACACCCCCACAUCGUAAAAUCCCUUGUUAAGCCCUGGACUUAUAUAACUUCAUAAGGGGUUUUGGGUGGGCUUAUAUACAGGGGGCGUAUAUCCGGUGGUGGGGGGGAGGGGGGGCUUUAACCUCUUUUAUCUUUAUCUUCAUUUUUCUAAAUUCAAAUAUAACUGAACGUUUUCUUUACAAACGCUUUUUUUUGUAGUCUGUAACAGCCCUUGAGCACGGAAAUCUGACCGUAGCCGUUCUAACUGCCAAGACAGCCAUCAAAUCUUCGGGUCAGUAUAAAUCUUUUUUUCCUUUUUUUUGUACGAAGUAGCGCCGAACGCCCAAACUUCUGCCCUCUCUCCAUUUAUGUGUGUUCUUUUACAAACUACCAGAAGUAGAUAUUACUGGUUACAGGAAUGCUAUCUCGGGUGUUAUCCAUAUAUAAUCUGUUAGUGACGUUGUUCUUCACUUUCUUUUAAGAUAUGGUAAGCUCCAUCCAUUCUAGCUUGCGUAGCAAGCUCUUCCUUUUGGUUUCGGAUCAAAGAAAGACCGAGGAACGGGAUUUUCGGUUUUGGCCGCGCGAUAAAUGAACCGAGAGCCAUUUUUCGCGCGGUUUUUGGCUCUCGUUCCUCGUUCUUCGCUCCUAAACCGCACGGAAACGCUUGCUACGCAGGCCACAUCCAUUCCCAUAUGAUAAGAUUCUAGUAAAAUGAUAAGCGAUACAAUGACGUUUCAUUCUCACUUGUAAUCAACUCAGUGUCCUUUCUUUCAGAGGAAGCAUUUUUUGACCCAUCAAUACUUGAGCUUUUGUAUUUCCCUGACGAUCAAAAGUAAGCAGUUAUAUUUUUAACUCUUGUUUUAUUAUUGUUACCAAUGAUUAGAGUGAUUUUACUUGACCCAUGAAGCAGGUACUAACAACUACAGCAAAGCUCCAAGUAAACAAAAGUAGACUGUGGAAUUAGUGUAUAACAGUGCGUAACUACCACCUAUUUCACGGGUUAAGUACAAUCCCUGACUCUAACGGUAAUAUGGUUUAUUUGUUUUUCCUCGCAGGUACGCCAUCUACAUUCCUCUCUUUCUCCCCAUCAGCCUUCCAGUUUUGUUGUCUCUUAGACAAGCAAUAAUUUGGUACAGAGGAAAAGACGAUGAAGACAGAAAAGACGAGAAAAAAGACAAGCAAGAAUAACUUAUUGAAGAUGUCAUGGUCAUCUCCGGAUAAAACAAGAUGAAUUUGAUAUCUGAAAGCCGCUUGUUUUUGCCCAUAUCGUGUGACCAUUUUGUUUUCUCGAUCAAGAAACUUUGCUUCGCAUUGUCCCUGACGGAUAGUAAAGAACCCUUUGGACGAGCUUGCACGGGUACUUGCGACAAACUGCUAGGAUAACCGUGAGAUGGACUAUUAUCCCACCUAUAAGGGGUAGCAAUUCUCGUAAUAAGACCCGUUAGUUUGGGAUCGUUUGUGCGUUUUAUGGUGACAAUGCAAUUUUCGUACGCGAUGCGUUGGACAAGAUGAGUCGUAAAAACCAGAUAAACCAGUCCUGUAAGGCUACGUUCACACACCACUGGAUAACUCUUGCGCGAGGACGAAAAUUGUACCGGAUAGGGCUUCUGUUCACUGACGAGAACGGUAAUUUCGGCGCGAUUUCUGUAACGGAUCGAAGCUGCACCGCGCCGAUCUUGAGAGUGAAGGAUCACCUUUCGGAUAAGUGGUGUUCAUACUUUACCGGAUAGAUUUCUUGUCGGCAUAAAAGGCUAUCCGGUUUUGAGUGAACAUAGUCUAAAUCUCUGUUGAAUAGACACUCGAUUUGAGGCACUAAUCCAUCACGUCAUGGUGUCCUUACUGCAACCAUAGAAGGGAGAAAAAUGAGGCAUUGAGCUGAUGCGAUUCCAUUCUACUACAGUGUCGGUCUGUUCACGAAUAGACCUCCAGUUCAAGCUUGGUCCAUGGGGCAUAUUCAUAAAAUAUGCCAUUUCCGAGCUGCCGCAAGCCUCUGUUUCAAAGUGAGGCUAAGUGCGACGCUGUUGAUAUGAAAAAUGAUUUUUUUAUUCUCAUGCAACUGAAACAAAACUCAUUUUCACAAGAAAGGUGUUGCACUUAGCCUCAUUUUGAGAAUGACAGUUUUUGGAACUCGGAAAUGGACAGUAAACUUUUUUGUGAGAUUGUUGAUGCAGAGAAUGGGAAAAACUAAAGAACAUUCUAAGAUGAAGGAGAUAGCUCAGGGUGAAGUUUAGUUAAAAACAGUGUAUUCUAGCCGUUUAAACAUGAGCAAUAUAGAGAAAUUGUCACAACCAGUGCAUUAAAUGUUUACUGAACAUU